CACACACACACACACACACACAGUGGCAAUAAUGACAGUCUUUUCCUGUUGAUUAUCCCAGUAGUGGCCACAUCCUGUUGGGCUGAGAGAUGCACAGCGAGCGUGUUAACAUGUCAGUCAGGGACCAGUAACAUCGUUACUUAGAAAGUGAACAAUUCUUGAAGCACUUAGUGUUCACAGUCACAGUGUUGAAGACACAGCUGGUGCAGUGAGAGGGUUUUUCCUCUUAUCUUCCAAUGUGUGAUGGAGUCUGGUUUUCUCACCAUUAUUCUUGUUUCUACCUUUGAGGUAUAUUCGUCUCACUCUGGCGUCAGAGACUGGGAAGAUGUUAUGGUGGCUAGGGAGGGCAUGCCUACCACUUUGGUCUGCACCGAUACAAUAGUGAGGGGUGCCGUUGCCAUCAACUGGAUGGUGAAGUCACUGGAUGAAUGGAAACUGGUUCUCUCGGCCAGCGAAAGCAAAAAGUUCUCCGGUGGUGCCUCAAAGGCCUCCACGCGAUUGACUGACCCGAACUUCCAAGAUACCGGGGUUUUCUCCUUGUUCCUUGUUCCCAGAAUGGAGGACAGCGGUCUCUACUCGUGCUUGAUAAAGCAACAAGAGAGGAAGUUGAAGGAGAAGAUUAUCCUCUUAGCCAUUCUUACAGUCACCGUUCUCCCCGCUGCACCCAUCCCUCAGCUGAGCACCGUGCGGCUGGCUGCCAGAGUUAAUCCUGGCUAUGCCGUCAAGAUAACCUGGGCAGCACCUGGCGGCAUUUACAUGAAGAGCAAGAAAACAAACACAGACACAGUGACCAAACUGCCACUGGUCCAGAACAAGGACGGAGGGACCUAUGUGUGCAUGGUGCACCCGUGGGGUAACAGCAGCAACACUGUGUUCGCCUUCGAUGUGGACGUGACGGUUGAUGCUUACAGUGUGGCCUCAUUCACCAAUAUAACAUAUGAGACGGAGAUCUCCACCGCCACUCGGGCUCAGACAUUGUUUCCAUUGACCUGCCCUGGUGUCCAAGGGGACUACGUCCGGCUUCACUGGCUACCUCCAGACAGCAAGAAGCACAGUGAGGUAGAACUGGUGUACCAAAAUGACAGCUGGGGGGGUUUAACCUUUGUCACCAAACACAACAAGAGACUCCAGCUCGCUGGCCCCCCCUACAACGCGGAGGCCGGGAGCUUCUCCUUUCUGCUCACCCCUGAGUUAAAAGAUGGCGGCCUCUACAUCUGCGAAGUGUUCCUCAAUGACAUCGCCGUCAGCCGCAGGACCACGCUCAGCGUGCUGACAGCAACAGUUAAAACACGCCAUUCCUCCUCAAAGCUGGAAUUGUGGUGCCUGUACUCGGAGCUGUCCCAGGUCCAUAGUGCCCGUUGGAAAUACCAGAAUGAGAGUCGUCAUCUGCACGUGAUGAGCAAAACCCCUGGCAGGAUCGCCACCAUUUUGCCCUUACCCAUCACCUCAGACACAGCCGGGAACUACACCUGCUCCCUACAGCUGAAUAAUGGGCGGACUGUCUGGGCAACGCAUGCUGUCACACUGCCCCGUGAACGUGUGAUGGAUGUCGAGGGUGUCAGCGUGACCACCCCCUCCCUGCUCCCUUCUCUCUCUGCUUUAUUACUCCUGGUGCCCCUGGUUGCUGCAGCUGUCUGUGUGUUGCUAUGGAGACAGAAACACAUUUCUGAUCGCGGUACUGAGCAGUCUAUGUCUGUGCACUCAGGUGAGGCAGAGAACAUCUAUGAGAAUCCUGAGGAUAUCAGACAGGCUCCUUCCCUGGGCUCAGUCUACAUGGAUUUGAAGCCAAGAGGAGAAGAUGAUGUCUAUAAGGAACUGGAGCGAUGCUAACAGUGUCAGAGCAAAUCACCAACCCACAUCUCAUCCUCAUCCAGCUGUCACAUCCGCUCAGUCCCCGGUUGCAGCAGAAGGCUUUUAUAAACAAAAGUAACUGAGUGUCAGAGUUGGUGUUUAAAGAAACACUUCAGUGCUUCAGGGAGAUACAACUCAAUUGCUUGGAUGUGUUUUCUUGUAUUUUAAAGUAUUGCUCUGUAUCAGUACUGCAUUACUGACUUGCUUUAAUGGCUCGAGAAAAAUUGGUACGGAUUUCAAUUGUGUUCCAAAUGUGUGGAAGUUCAUGUAAUAUUCUUUCUUAUUUGAGCAUUUGUUAUUGAACCAGUUGUCUUGCAUUUAUAUAGAUAUCUGUAUUUAUAAAUAUAUUUAUAUAAAUAAACAUAUCUGUAUUGUU